CAAAUUUUGUCACUGAAUCUCAUAUGAAAAAUGAUUCGACUGCUUCAGAGAUGUCUUCGUUAACGUGAUUCGACUUCCCUUCAAUGAGACAUCUAACCAAUCGCGCAAUGAUUGUUUCAUGGACUUUACUAUUAAUCUUAAAUUUAAUUUGUUACGCGGAAUCCAAGUGCUCCCCGACUUCUUACUAUAAGAACUGCUGGAUACGACGCUUCCCAGGACUCUACAUCGAUAUUAACGACUCCCAACGCAGAGGUGCGCAACUUCUGGAGUUUUAUCUAGAAGAGAGCGCAUUAAAAUGCAGCCGGGCGUGCUGCCUCACACGAAAUUUCUCCUGUAACCUGGCUGUAUAUCAUUUCAAUACCACUCAAGACAGUGUCAACUGCUUUCAUUUCCACUGCCCAACUCUGGAAAGCUGUAUCUUGCGACAAAAGGGCAAUGUCAUCCUGUACAAUGUUACUAAAGGUGUGGAUCCUGACCUGUUGGUGUUUGGGAAAUAUUUCACCUCUAAUGUGCGAGUGCUGCCUCAUCAGGCCUCAUCUAGGCUUAAUGUCUCCGAGCCCCCUACGUCUGAUAAACGUCAGUUCAACUGGCCUCAUGUGGCAGCUAGCGGCACUGGCCAUCCUCCAGCUUGUUCCACUAGCACACAUCCAUCAGCCCCAGCCACCUCACAUACAUCCAGCCUGCCCCUCUUCACUCCCUUAUUCAUCUCUAUCCAGCCUACCCAGGGCACCCAGGACAUCCUUCCAGCCUCUCCUCUAAGGCUGAAUUCCACAACCCUGAAGAGGUCCACUCAAACCAUUCCUACUCGCGAUAUUACCAGCGCAUCCCUACACCUUACUACUAGCGCUUCAACCAAAAGGACGUCCUACGCUCCACAGAGUUCUAUUCAGGCCUCUUCCAUCUUUCCUACACAAACAGGCUCAGUGUCCCCUCCUCAGCUCACUUCCCCUACUGCCACCACAGUUCCAGUAUUCUCCAGUCUGCCCACAUCAGGCUACACAUCUCCGACCAAACAUACUGCUCCUGCAACCACAGCGUGGGCACCCAGCACAGCCUAUACUACCAGUAACGUCAAGGCUCAGACAGAUUUAGCUAAGAGUACAAACCUCAACAGUAAAGUUACAACCACACUUAUACCACUUGCUAGAGCUCAAGUAAACUCUACAGAUGUGACUUCAGCACACACUAGACUUUUUACUUCUCAGUUAAGCUCUACAUUUGCAACCUUAGCAUCACACAUUCCUACUACAAUCAAAACUUUGGCUCAGUACAUAACUACUCAGCCAAUUAUGCAAAGCUAUACAUCUACAACUACACAACCACAAAAAAAACAAAGAAGCUACACAACUACAACCUGGCCCUAUACUGAGCUGACAAAUACCCUAUCACCAGUAUCUCCUCAAACAGAAGGUGACAUUACUCAGUCCCCAACAACACAUGGCCUACCUCAAGUGUUUACCACAAACACAACCACUGCCACCGAGGAUUCUUCUGGCUCUGUCAUGCCAACGCCUUCAACCAGACCGCACUUACCUACUUCCACAAACAAUAGCUUAAACAUUUCACUGACACCCCGUAGCAUCAUGGCGGACAGCCAGCCAUACCCUAAUGACACAAAAGGAUAUAUAAGCCGGAACAUAACAACAGGUGACAGUACACAUCCUGAAGGUGAUGGAGACUCAACGCCAACAUGGCAUCUUGCAGCCAAUACUAUAUUGGUAGCAUUGGCAACCUGUGGAACUGUGGCUUUUGGUUGUUGUUGUUCAGUGUUAAUGGCAGUGAGUUGGAGGGGGAGAAGGAGGAGGAAGGGGAGAUACCAGACUACCCUAAGGGGAAAGAGAGGCUCCAUGCAACUAAUCAAAUAUGUCAUUGUAAGAGAGAGUUUUCCUAAAACAGGUUCUGUUUUGUAGGGGCUUCAAACAAAUGCCAUCUUUGUACAUCCCACCCACAACUCAGCUAAGGACAAAAUUAUCCUCAUGUCUCAUUCAUAGCUUUAACAAUCAUACCUUUAACAACAGAAAGUUUUUUGCUUUUUUUUGACCAUUAGCCUUU